AUGACUGUUCAAUCAAAGACUAUACCUGUAAAUCAAGUAUCCCUAUCUUUCCCCUCUUCACUUUUAACAUUUUAUCUUGCACAAUUAAAUUCUCACCCUUUGAGAACCAAAGCUAUAACUUCAGGUGUUCUAUCUGCUUCGCAAGAGUAUGUAGUUCAGUUAUUAACCGAAAAAAAUAGUAGAAGGAAAGGGAAAGCUAGGGAAAGUGAUCGUAAUUCUAUUUUAGAUAAUAAGAUUGUAAAAAUGGGUGGUCCACUCGGUCACGUUCUUUUUGAAUCUUUAAACAGAUUAUUUAAAAAUCGUACUGGUGCAUCCUCGAAAUUAUUGCAAAUUAUUGCGUCUCAAUUGAUAAUUACACCGAUACAUAAUAUUGUCUUUUUGACUGCAAUGGCAUUAAUUAAUGGUAUAAGGGAUCCAGAAGAAAUCAAAGCUUUUGUUAAAAAAUCUCUUUGGCCAAUUAUGAAAAUGUCUUGGGUAGUCUCACCAUUGGCUAUGAUAUUUGCUCAAAGAGUUUUGCCACCACAAAUAUGGGUUCCAUUCUUCAAUCUAGUUGGGUCAGCAAAAAAAGCCCAGCAAUUAAAAGAACGUGAUAGUGACCAUGAUGAAGAUUGA